GGAUGUGCUGCUGGUGAGAGCGAGCGCUGUACGAGUCUGACUGAGAGAAGUGAAUCAUGGAUGACCUUGAUAUCCCUUCAAAAACAACCAAAUUGCAAAAUACCUUAAUUCAGUACCACUGCACGCUCGAAGAGGAAUGGCGUGUCGCCAAGAAAUCAAGUGAUGUUACGGCAUGGCGAAAACCUUCUGAAGAAUUUGGCGGUUGCCUGUACAAAAUUGAAGGAAUAGUGGAAGAUGAUUAUAACAGAAUUGUGGAUUACAUUCGCCCUGGACCCUAUAGACUGCAGUGGGACAGCUUAAUGACCUCAAUGGACAUAAUAAAGGAAUUCAAUAAGGAGUGCUGUGUGAUGCGCUACACAACUGCUGGACAGCUGCUGAAUAUUAUAUCGCCGAGAGAGUUUGUUGACUUCUCCUACACAACGCAGUAUGAAGAUGGCCUUCUGACUUGUGGUGUCGGCAUUGAAUAUGAAGAUGCUCGACCAAACUGUGUGCGCGGGUUCAAUCACCCAUGCGGCUGGUUCUGUGUGCCCCUGCAAAACAACCCUCAACACAGCCUUCUGACUGGCUACAUUCAGACUGAUCUGAGAGGGAUGCUGCUGCAGAAGACUGUAGACUUCGCAAUGGCAAGCUCACUGGUAAACUUCUAUUCCGACCUCAAAAAGGCACUGAAGCCUUAAAAGAUUGCCAGCUUUAGGCUAUUUUCAAUUCCUGGUAAACAGCUUGACUGGUACCCAGUGGCUCUGAUCAGUAACGGACUGCCUGGUUUUUAUUUAAUAACAUAAAAAAAUGGCGCUGCUGCAUUUUUUUUUCAUCCAACUCUGGGACUUGUUUGCACAAUGGCAAAGAAUAUGUUUAUUUUAUGGUUCAGCACAGGUUGCUGUGAUUUAAUGUACUGAAGGAUAUUUAACCGAAUAUUUGUCUCCAUGCGUUUGUAACAGCACAGGCAAUGCUGUUCGUUUAAAAUAACCAUUUUCCUUGGGGUGGUUAAUAUGAUUUUUAAUGAUUAUAUAUAUAUUUAUAAUAAGUGUGUAUUAUACGGAUUGCUGGAUAUGCAUGUCCAUGUUUUCGUUAAUACUAUACAGGUUUCUGAAUGCACAAAUACUCAGGAUUCCAGUCAUUUUUGCUGCUUAUAUUGUAUAUUUAUGCAUUAUCCAUUUUUCUAUAAAUGCAAAGUGCAAACUGCCAUGUAAAUGAAGCUUGAAGGCCUACAUCAAGCGCAUGAAUACAGCAUUGCCUGCUUUCAGCAUUGCUGUAUUCAUGGGGGUGGGCAGAAGGAGACAAGUAUCCCUGAUACUGUUUGAUGUUGCUAUUCUUAUAAAAGAGUAAAGAUACAUCAUCUCACAUUUCUCUGCUCCUUUCUAAGCAGAACAACAAAGAAAGGCUUUACUCUUCUUCUUUUGAAGUAUAAAAAAACUGCUAAAAUCUUGAAAAAUAGACAAAAAAGUGCUCAGAAGAAUACUCCAAGCUAUUUUUCUCUUCUAAAAAGAAUACUGAGAUAAUUGUUGUUAUAUAUGUUUAAUAUAUGUAAUGUCAUAUAGGCAAUAUUUCUUGUCUGUGAUAUUUCAUUUUUUUCAGCUUGUAUUUGAUUUGUUUUGUUGUUGACAAACUCGGACCUCCUUCGCAAGACUUAUUUUUAUUAACUGGUAUUCCAUUUUUAGGGCCUGGUCACCGACUUGCUACUGUUUGAUACAUUUUUAACAUCCAGGCCUUAAAAGAGAACUAAAGGUAAUAAUAGUAACAUUAUAAUCACUUAUCUGAACUUUCAGGCCAGAGAUCCUGUUUGCUAAAGCUGCCUGGGCUGGGGUCUUCAGUCUUCUCUUAGCUCUGGUCCAGGUGCACAUGUUAAACUGAACUUAGAAGCAAAAAGUUGUUUUUCUCAUUACUGUGCAUGUGCUUGGCUGGGCUCAAAGAGAAGACAGAAGUGAAAGAAGAAGUGAGCUCCUACAGAAGUAUCCCAGGCCCAGAACACCCCCCGGGGUAUCAGGUAAAAGUUUAUAAUUAUUGGGAGUGCCUAACCUUUGGCACCCCCAGGGAUUAUACAUUUAAUUAUACCUUAACUAAGCAUUUAACACUUAAGCUUUAACACAUCUAAUGUAUCAGAUUGUGACAUCUGCUGUGUAAGUAUGCUUAAACAAUGCUUAACAGACAUAAAAACAAACUCAUGAAUCAAACUGUAACAGCUUAUAGAGACAGCAACCAGGCUUUUCAGAGCUGCUACUGCAAAACACGAGAGGAGGGAAGUGAAUCUCAUUUAUUUUUAAAAUGUAAAUUUAAGAAAAUGAUAAAUUAAUUAAAAAAAAAGGUUUGUGAGGGUAAUUUGUCAGCUGUCAUUCAACAUGCUGUACAGGCUACAGAAUUAUGUAUGUAAAAGUAUGUUGUAUUUCAUUUCACCAGUGAAGAACUUGUUUCAGUUGUUUUUAAUUAAAAUGUUUUAAUCUGCUUAUUUAUUACCCACAAAAUGUCAUCUAAUCAAUAUAUGUGAGGAGACAUUCCUGAAUCGUUAAAUAAAAACAUGAAGACAAACCAA